AUGGGAUCAAUCACGACGGUUUUGAUAGUCGUAGCGCUCUCUGUACUGGUCGGAGCUUCGAAUGAGCGAUGCCUCCCGGAGUACAAGAUAGGUGAUGUAACACACACCGCUUGUAAGCCUCCGAAUGACAGCGAUUCCUGUCAGAAGCGAAAGGUUGGAGUGUCCGAUCAGGAGAGAGAGACCAUUCUACGUGUUCAUAACGAACUACGAAGCAAUAUCGCUCGAGGCCAGCUUGGACAGUUUCCCCAGGCAGCGAAUAUGAUAAAGCUGGAAUGGAACGAUGAAUUGGCUGCAAUAGCUCAGGCACACGCUGAAUUGUGCAAUUACGCGCAUGACUACAUCAAGGAAAGAUUCACAACACAGUUCAAGUUGACUGGACAGAAUUUAGCCACACGUUGGAGUAGUAGAGCCAACGACACGUCUGAUUGGCCCGCUGUAAUCAACAAGUGGUUUAAGGAGUACAAAGACGCCCCAGUUAGCGUUAUCCGAUCUUUUCUUCCGACGCAAGGAAGUCCCAUCGGGCACUUUACUCAGGUGGUUUGGGCCAAGACCCGUUUCGUGGGCUGUGGCUAUAAUAGCUAUAGCUCCAACGCAGGAUCUACCUUACCUUACAAGAAGCUGUACACCUGCAACUACGCAAAAAUGUGA